GUCUUGGGUACAGGUACCAAACAAAGAAUCAAUAAGCUCUUAACUCACCUUGAGGGCUGUUUCCGUUCGCAAUUACUACGAAGGGUUCUUCAUUCAAUCACCAAAAGGAAAUAUGGCAGAAAAGGCAUUGCCUUCCGUCAACACGGAAUCCAUAGAGGAGUCACUCCACCGGCUCUCCAAGAAGCCCGGGGUCAAGGCCUGGCUUAUGUUGGACCGGGCCGACGGUACCGUUCUCAAGACCAACGGCCAGAUCUCCGCGAUUAGACCUGCACGAUAUGUAGACAGGAAAGCUUCACUACCGAGCCCUACGGGCGGUUCCUUUUCGACCGACGUCAGCGCGAGUACCGAUAACGAAACCCAAGCCGCACAAGAGCUCGCUAGCAUGGUGUGGAGCUUCUUAAGUACGGCAGGGAGCUUGGUCGACGAGAUUGACACCGAGGAUGAACUGAAACUAUUGAGGCUGCGCACAAAGAAGCAAGAGCUAGUUAUUGUCCCCGAAGUCAAGUAUCUGCUGGUAGUCGUCCACGACACACCUCCCGUAUAAUGGAACGCGUCACAUUUCAGAUUAUCGAAUCUAGCGGGACCCCUGGCUCGUGAUUGAGCUGGCGGUUUUCUCGGCCAGUAGCUUUCAGCAUAUACGGCGUUCAGC